UGGCGCCGUCCUUCUCGGGCCGCCUCGGCCCGGCUGCGCGCCCGGAGCCCUCGGGUUCGAGUCCGUGUCUUCACUUUGUGUCGGGGCUCCGGCCCUGGCCCCGAAGGGACCCCCGGAACCUUGUCAAUGGCCGGGCGCUUCCUGCUUCCCAGUCCCCACGGCGCCUUCGUCGCCGGUAGUGCGGGUCCGCUGCCUCCAUCGCCUGGGGACUUCGCUUGUGGAAACUGAGGCACACAGGGGUGGGGCAGCCGAAUGGGGAAGGAAAAGGAGUGUCAUUCCGCGGAAGAUUGUGGUUGGUGUCGAAACCGGACUUGUCCGGGGCUGGGCUAAGCAAUCGGGUACAAAGUAAGAAAGUUGAAGUCAAAGACCAUGGGAGAUACAGCAAAACCUUACUUUGUGAAGCGCACUAAAGACCGUGGAAUUAGUGAUGAUGAUGAUUUCAGAAGGGGUCAUCCCCAACAAGAUUAUUUAAUAAUGGAUGAUUAUGCUAAAGGCCACGGCAGUAAAAUGGAAAAAGGCCUUCCCAAAAAAAAGAUAGCGCCCGGGAACUAUGGGAACACCCCCAGGAAAGGACCAUAUGCGGUUUCCAGCAAUCCAUAUGCAUUUAAAAACCCAAUGUACAGCCAGCCUGUUUGGAUGAAUGACAACCACAAAGAUCAAAAUAAGAGAUGGCUGCCAGAUGAACUUGCUGGUAAUGCAGAUAGCUGGAGAGAGCUCAAGCCGGGACCUAGGAUUCCCACCAUAAGCCGGUCAAGGAAAGACUCCUUUCAAGAAAAUGACGAGUGCUACAGGUGGCCGGACGGCAGAGGCUGCAGAGCAGCCAGAAGGCUGUUUCAGAAGGACAUCGCCGGCCUGGAAGCCAUGUCAGAGAUGGAAGCAGGAAGCCCUGGUACGCUUCACGUCUCUAGGUUACGUGUCUGUAUUCUUUUUUUCAUCCAAAUUAGUUUUGUUAUUUUCAGUAAUGAGCUAUUUAAUGUGAUUAUGUUAGGGUUUAUAGUGCUAUACUUGGGUAACUCAACAUAUUUCAGACGUUGGACUGUCACAAGCUCAAAUCCAGGCUGGGCCGCCGAGCGACCACGAAAUUGCCCUACAGCAAAGUACACCUGCAAGCUGUGUGAUGCUCUGAUCGACUCCAUCCCGUUUGCUCAUAAGCAUAUCAAGGAGAAGAGGCACAAGAAGAACCUCAGGGAAAAGCAGGAGGAAGAGUUGCUCACCACGCUGCCCCCGCCCACACCCUCCCAGAUAAAAGCAGUCGGCAGUGCCGUUGACAGAGUGGUGCAGGAGUUUGGUUUACACAAUGAAAACCUGGAUCAAAGGCUAGAAAUCAAGCAUGUCAUGGAAAGUGUCUUCCAGCACAAACUACCAGACUGUUCUCUUAGGCUGUAUGGAUCUUCCUGUAGCAGACUCGGCUUCAAAGACUCAGAUGUGAACAUUGAUGUUCAGUUUCCAGCUACCAUGUCUCAGCCAGAUGUCCUCUUACUUGUUCAAGAAUGUUUAAAGAACAGUGACUCCUUUACUGACGUUGAUGCUGACUUCCAUGCCCGGGUGCCAGUGGUGGUGUGCAGAGAUAAGCAAAGUGGUCUUCUUUGUAAAGUGAGUGCAGGAAAUGAAAAUGCUUGUCUGACCACAAAGCACCUAACGGCUCUUGGAAAACUAGAGCCAAGGCUGGUUCCUCUGGUGAUUGCAUUUAGAUACUGGGCAAAGCUUUGUAGCAUCGACCGCCCUGAAGAAGGAGGCCUGCCGCCAUACGUGUUUGCACUGAUGGCCGUUUUCUUUCUUCAGCAAAGGAAAGACCCUCUCUUGCCAGUUUAUCUAGGAUCAUGGAUUGAAGAAUUCUCAUUAAAUAAAUUAGGGAAUUUCAUCCUUAAAGACAUUGAGAAAGACUCCGUGGUCUGGGAGUACACCGAUGACACCACAGGGGGCGCCAGCACUACAAAAGAGGAGGCCCCCAAAGAGACGCCCAGGAAGACGGGGCAGGUGCCAUUGACAUUUAAUAUAAAACACCAGCCUUCAGUGCCAGUUGGGCAGCUCUGGGUGGAAUUGCUGCGGUUCUAUGCUUUAGAGUUUAAUCUGGCUGACUUAGUGAUCAGUAUUCGCGUCAAAGAAUUGAUAUCCCGGGAAUCAAAGGACUGGCCCAAAAAGCGCAUCGCCAUUGAAGACCCCUAUUCUGUUAAAAGAAAUGUGGCAAGGACCCUGAAUAACCAACCCGUGUUUGAGUACAUACUUCAUUGUUUGAGGACAACAUACAAAUAUUUUGCUCUUCCACAUAGAGUCACAAAACCCAACCUCACAAAGCCUCCUAGUCCCGUUACCCAUGUUUCAGACCCAGAUAAAGGAGCAAGGAAUUGUGGCCCGAAGCUCCAAACUACAGAAACUGAUAAACCGGGGAAAGCAGCUGUGGCCCAAGGUCCUGGUGUGCCCACCUCAGAAGCCUGCAAGGCACAACCGCUUAUUCUUAAAAGUACCCCUGAGCAGUUGGGAAGCCCGCCAAAGGAGAUACACCAGACAGAGGUCCAUUGCGAGGGCUGUGAGGAUGCCAUGGCACAGCAUCAAGAAACAGAAAGUGGCAACGAGAAAGUCAGAAGGAAGGCCGGGCAUCUUUGGAGCAGCGAUGAUCACAGCUUAAGCUGCAGCAAGCAUCCAGAACUUCAGAACUGUGGCGGCCUGUGCGGUCUCCAGGCAGACAACACUCUGGAGUUAGUCGGGCUCCGGAGCCCUGGAGCCAAGGAGCGGGACAGCUGCGCCUCCUUGGAUGACAAGGCUGACAUAAAUGAAGGACACACAGACGAUGCUGAUGAACUGGAGGAGUCUCUGAACUGCUUUUCCCCGGGAGUCCAGGGCCAGGCCUCAGCAGUCAUGCACUUCGAUGAUGACGACGAGGAGGAGGAGGAAGAAGAGGAAGAUGAGGAGCCCAGGCUCAGCAUGAACCACACAGAAGAUGAGGAGGGGGUUGUUAGUGAACAUCAGGAGGACAACAGGCACACUGGGUCGGGUGAGGAGGAUGUCCUCUCUGAAGAGGAUGACUUGGCUGAGCCUGCUAAGAGCAAAGAUCUCGACGAGUGUGGAGAACCCAUGGAUGGGACUUUACUCAUAGACCUAAACAGAAUAAGUCUUAACGAGAAAAGUUUUCCUGAGGAAAACUCACCCAGGGACCAGUCUGACUUCUUCUAUGAAUUUAGAAAACUGGCCUUCACCAAAGGCAAGUCUCCCACAGUAGUGUGUAGCUUGUGUAAGCGAGAAGGCCAUCUAAAGAAGGACUGUCCUGAGGACUUCAAGAGAAUCCAACUGGACCCUCUGCCACCACUGACACCCAAGUUCUCAAAUAUCUUAGACCAAGUUUGCAUCCAGUGUUACAAGGAUUUUUCUCCAACUCUUGUAGACGAUCAGGCUCGCGAACAUAUCCGGCAAAAUCUAGAAAGUUUCAUAAAACAGGACUUUCCAGGAACUAAGUUGAGCUUGUUUGGCUCCUCCAAAAAUGGAUUUGGGUUCAAACAGAGUGACCUUGACGUCUGUAUGACAAUUAACGGACAUGAAACUGCUGAGGGGUUAGACUGUGUACGAACUAUCGAGGAGCUGGCCAGAGUCCUCAGAAAGCAUUCAGGCCUGAGGAACAUCCUGCCCAUCACAACAGCCAAGGUGCCCAUUGUGAAGUUCUUCCAUCUAAGAAGUGGUCUAGAGGUCGACAUCAGCUUGUAUAACACACUGGCUCUUCAUAACACAAGACUCUUAUCUGCAUACUCUGCCAUUGACCCCAGAGUGAAAUAUCUGUGCUACACCAUGAAAGUGUUUACAAAGAUGUGUGACAUCGGUGACGCGUCCCGAGGCAGCUUGUCCUCCUACGCCUACACUCUUAUGGUGCUAUACUUCCUUCAGCAGAGGUCUCCACCUGUCAUCCCUGUGCUCCAAGAGAUAUACAAAGGUGAAAAGAAACCAGAAAUACUUGUUGAUGGCUGGAAUAUUUACUUUUUUGAUCAAAUAGAUGAACUGCCCACUUGUUGGCCAGAAUAUGGAAAAAAUACAGAAUCUGUUGGGCAGCUGUGGUUGGGACUUCUCCGCUUCUACACAGAGGAGUUUGAUUUUAAGGAGCAUGUAAUCAGCAUCAGAAGAAAAAGUCUGCUGACGACUUUUAAGAAACAGUGGACCUCAAAAUACAUCGUUAUUGAAGAUCCUUUUGAUUUGAAUCAUAAUCUUGGUGCUGGAUUAUCAAGGAAAAUGACAAAUUUUAUAAUGAAAGCUUUUAUCAAUGGUAGAAGAGUAUUUGGAAUUCCGGUAAAAGGAUUUCCAAAGGACUACCCCUCAAAAAUGGAAUACUUUUUUGAUCCAGAUGUUCUAACUGAGGGAGAACUGGCUCCGAAUGACAGGUGUUGCCGAAUUUGUGGAAAAAUCGGACACUUCAUGAAGGACUGUCCCAUGAGGAGAAAAGUGAGGCGGCGGCGAGACCAGGAAGAUACCCCAAACCAAAGAUACUCUGAGAGCAAAGAAAAACGGAGCAAAGAGGACAAAGAAAUUCAGAACAAGUACACAGAAAAGGAAGUGUCAGCAAAAGAAGAUAAGCCCACACAGUGCGCAGCUGUGAAAGCAAAGCCAGCGAGGGCAGUUGUGGACCUGGGGCGGGAGAAGAUUCUCAGGACACCAGUGGAAAAAUGGAAGAGACAGGAUGACAAAGACUUAAGAGAAAAACGUUGUUUCCUUUGUGGAAGAGAAGGACACAUUAAGAAGGAAUGCUCACAGUUCAAAGGCUCUCCAGGUUUGUGUCAGUCAGCUUAUGUGUCUGGAUACCCUUCACCUAGCCCUUUGAGACCAGUUGCUCAGGCAGUGCUUUUACAUGAAGACAAAAAGAAACAAAAAACAACCAUAUUUUUGAGUCCCCAGUCAGGUAGCCUUUCCAGUAAAUACAUGACUCAGGGGAAAGCCUCGGUGAAGAGGACCCAGCAAGAAUCAUGAGGGAAGGAAAUGCAACCCUGGAAAUGGCACUGAGGUGUCCCUAUCCACGUGGAAAAUUAGGUUCACUUCACAGGACAUAGCAACACAGAUCAGGCUUCAACGUAACAGUUGAGGGAAAUGUCGGAAUUUUUAAAAUUUAAAUGAAAUUGUUAAAUGAGGAAAAGAAAAAUUUUAAUACAGUCUUAACAUCAACCCCCAGAGAUCUGAAGAUUUUAAUAGAAAGCCAUGAGGUAUUUAAGCCAAGUUAAAAGAAAAAAUAUAACUGUGGGCCAGUAUUCAAUGACAACAAUGUCAUGGUUUUUAAUUCUUUCAGAGCACACUAAAGUAGUGUGUGCUGCUCACAGGAGGAAUUAGCCUCCUUUCCCCAUAUAUCCCUUUCGAUUUCCAAGAGGGAUUCUGUUUGUUGCUGGGUCCUGGUGUGGACGCACAUCAAAUACAUGUGGACUGUGCUGCUCUACUUGGGGUCUACAAGCAUUCUUCAUGGUUCUUUGAAGAAGUGCUAACACAGAAUGCAGGCCCUAUGGACGUGGACACAGGCCUCAGUGGAUGGCAGCACUGCUGGGCAUCUCCCUCCAGGGCUUCCUUCUCUAAGUAAAUCCACACAGAACUGUUGUGCUCAUAAAAAUGAAGUCAUGAAAACAAGUAAUCCUGUUUGCCAGUUUUAAAAAAAGAAAAUUACAAGGGGAAAAUGACUGACAGAAUAAAAGUGCUUUUUACUUUUUAUGAUACUCAGAAAUUAGGGUGGAGAUCUAUUACAAACCUCUGAAGAUCAAAGAGGCUGUCUCGUCUCUGUCAGUCACAAGUUUGAUUGGCAUCCUUCUGGGUCUGACUGGAGCCCUCUCUGAACUGUUUCUCUAACUUCACAAGCCUUUCUGAAAAAGUACAUAGUCAAACUAUGCCUCGGUUUAUUUAUCAUUUUAAAAUAAAAUCGAACUUUCAA